ACAGAAUGUGGGUAUAGGCCUCAGUGUUUGGAUCUCUUUGUCUGUUUGAUUUCCAUCUUCUGACGGUGGGACAUGCCAUCUUGCGCCGGCCAGCCAUUCUCAAUUCAAAGAAGCAAAGUCCGGUUACCCUUUGUGGUGUUCUUCAGACUUCCUGUACUUGCAAAUUCGACAUGGCGUGCGAAGUGAUGGCCAUUCAGGAGCCCACCAUGCUCCCCAUGCAGCUUCCAACGAUGCAGCAGGAUAUGACCCAGCCUCGCUUGGUGGCGAUGAUGCUGGUGCCUGCAGCUAUGAUGAUGCCCCAGCCACAGGUCUCUCCCGUCGCCAGCCAGACGCCCUCCGAGGGCUAUGCGGCGAGCCCCUGGGGGCAGGACAUGCAGUGGCCUGCGCAAGGCUCCAUGAACUACCAAGCCGCAGAGAAUGGCAUCGUCUACGAUGCCUAUGACUACAACGGUGCCUAUGGCAAGAACUCCCGCCGAAGGAAGCCACGCCACGCACAGCCGAAGGCUCCUGGAAUGGUUCCCAAUCGCUACGCCGAGGAGCCACUUCCCUUGGAUGCCAACCAGUUGGUCAAGCUGCGUGAGCGCUUCGAGACGGCGAACAUGGACCAGUCCUCUUUGUUGGCCCAUGCCGAACUCUUGGGCUGGGUCUGGCCAUACUCUCGUGAUCCAGCUGGCUGCCGUGCAGUGCAGUCCGCUAUCGUCUCCACCAAGCCUGCCGUGGGGAAGGCGAUUGCUCAAGAGCUCCAUGGCCACGUGCGCGAGGCGGCGGAGUCGCCGCACGCGAACUACGUGCUGCAGAAGGUGAUUGAACAGUUGAGCUCGCCGACCUCAGCGUUCAUUGCCGACGAACUGUUGGCAACGGUGCCCCGAUUUGCCCGACAUCGUUUUGGAUGCCGCAUCGUGUGCCGACUGGUGGAGCAUUGCUCCCGGGAGGAGAGCACCCGGAAGCUCAUCCAGAAGCUCCUGGAAGAUCCCGACGAGGCCAUCGACUUGUGUCGUCACAACUUUGGACAUCACGUGGUCCAGUCGAUCCUGGAGCACGGCGACGACGCGCACAAGGAGAUGAUUGCGCAGGUCCUGCUGCGCGAUGUGCUAAGCAAUGCCUCUCACCGCUCCUCCAGUUACGUGGUCGAGGCAGCCCUCAAGAACUGCUCCUCCGAGGACCAAGAUCGGCUGGUGCAAGCUCUCCUCCAACCGGGCAUCAUCUCGGAACUGGCCAAAGCAGACUUCGGCUCCUAUGUGGUCCGGACCCUGCUGAAGCACCCCAAGGUGGACGCUCAGGUCCUGAUUCAGACCAUCCCUGGGGUGGCAGCAUGCCUCGAGCAGCAGUGAGGAAGCGCAUGAAGUUUCUUGCGUCUUCGUUCGAGUGAAGGGACCUUUCCUGUGAAGGGCGCUGUUUUUUUUGUUUGAGACUGUUUAUGACUGUUUGCGUUUCAUCAGUUGGUUUGAUGGUCGGUCCGAACAAGGAAAGUCCAGGUUCUUCACGCCCCUGGCCUAUGCUGUCGUUUUGAGUUCUCUGCUAUAUAUUCUUUGAUGUUUGUUUCCUACUUGCUAUUGCUAUGAGGGCAGAGCCUGGGGUAGGAGAUUUGGGGGACACUGGGACUUUGCACAGGUGCACCCACAACAUAUUUUGUGUGGGUGAACGCCUGAACACCUAACAUCACCAAACCUCGGCACUCAAUAGUGGGCUGAGGCAUUUGCCCGUUGUGGCGUAUCAUCAUGCCUGGAGUGUCACACACCAUGGCGUUCUUGCCGUGCGACACAGGCAGCAAUCCAUCGAUUUGUACAGAUCUUGGGUGAACCUGACCAUAGGUGUCCUUCGAGCACGGUGACAUGGGUUUUUAUUGGCCGCCUUGCGGUCAAGUUACCGACCUGGCAGCUAGAAUGGCCACCUGGUCAAGUUGCCUCUGGCAGCUGGAAAUACCUCUCUCAAUUGCUU